AUGGCCCCCUCGCCCCAACACACCGAAGACGUCCGAGUCGCACUCUACGCCGGCCUCGCGUCCACCGGCCGUGCCCCCACCGUCCCAGAGCUCGCCGAAGUCACAUCCCACACGCUCGACGACACUCGUGCAUCCCUCGUCGCCCUCCACGACUCACGCGACGUUGCCCUCUCUGCCGCCGCCCUCGAUGCGCUCAAGUCCAACUCUCCAGCCCACGACACGGACGCCAGCGCCGUCGUCAUGGCACACCCAUUCGCAACAGUCCCCCUCGGCUUCAGCGUCAUGGGCAAGUCGACCUUGUGGUGGGGUGGAUGCGCGUGGGAUUCGUUUGCGCUCGCCCACCUUGUCCCCGAACAAGGCCCCGUUCUCGUCGCGACGCGCUGUCCCAACUGCACCUCGCCGCUGGCCUUCGAGGUCGGCCCAGACGCCCCACCCGCCCCUCCCGCCGUCGCCUCGUCAAAGAGCACCCCUCCCGUCGCCCACUUCCUUGUGCCCAUGUCUCGGGUGUGGAACGACGUCGUGCAUACUUGCUCACACCAGAGCUUGUUCUGCAACGAGCAUUGUGUCGACGCCUGGCUGGCCAAGACUGGCAACGACAAGGGCUACGUCAUGAGCCUCGACACCCUCUGGCACUUUGCUCGUGGAUGGUACGCUGGCCGCCUCGAGAGGGGGUACAAGAGGCGCGAGCCGGCGCAGGCCAAGGACUACUUCCGUUCGGUUGGGUUGUCGGGACCGUUCUGGGGUUUGUAG